GUAAAAGUUUAAAUAUAAUUGUUUACAGAUUAUUAAUAUCUAUCCUUAUCGUUUUUGAACAGGUACUAUAUAUGUUUCACUAGUACUGAUUUUGCAAAUUUGUUACAGAUUAUGCUUUAGUCGAAAAUAUCAAAAAAAUAUGCAAGAUAUACAAAUUUAGAAUGAUGACGUUGUGAAGCACAAAGUUCGUUCAAGAAUUUUUCACCAGAAUUGCUUUAAACGAUAAAAUGCGACUCUGUUCGAAUUUGGACUUCGUUAUAUCCUCCACUUGUCAGACAAGACUGAUCUGCAGCUGCUAGAGUGUGUUUAAUCACACGUAAAAAAUAAACUAACUGCUAUACAUAUAUUGUGAAAAAUUAAAUAUAAAGUUCAAAACAAAUUCUAACGGGGAGGGUACUUUAUAUAAGUUUUGAAGAUAAAUUUUAGAAAGUUUCACACGCAAAUUUUCACAUACGAAUUGUAGAAGUGCAAAAUAAAAUAAGACGCAAAUUGCAGUUUUCAACGUUUCGAGAGACAAUUCCAGAACGUAGGAUAAGCACGGAAAAACGCUAAUUACUGACGUGUGCAUUUGCAACUUAAAACUUUCAUUUUUGUAAUGGAAAGUAAAUAAAUGAGAAAAAACUCUCAGCAUGAUGGAUGAAACCCAAGGUGAUAUCUGCCGAGUAUGUCGGUGCGAAGCACAAUCGGAUCGACCACUUUUUUACCCUUGUAUUUGUACGGGAAGCAUAAAAUACAUUCACCAGGAUUGUCUAAUGCAAUGGAUGCGUUAUUCACAUAAAGAAUACUGUGAGUUAUGUGGCCACCGAUUUAGUUUUCAGCCAAUAUAUUCGCCUGAUAUGCCAAGAGUUCUACCUCUGCGGGAUGUAGCAGGUGGCUUGUUGAGUGCGGUGGUGAAGGCAACAAAGUCAUGGUUUCAUUACACUUUGGUUGGUUUGGCCUGGUUUGGUGUGGUACCAUUGUCGGCAUAUCGUACAUAUCGCUAUCUAUUUCGCGCCUCAACGUUUGACAUGAUUUUGUCACUGCCUUUCGAUAUCUUUUCAACUGAAAAUAUUGCAUCUGACGCUUUUCGUGGUUGUUUUGUUGUUUCCUGUACUUUAUUAUCAUUCAUAGGACUCGUUUGGCUACGUGAACAAAUUCUGCAUGGUGGUGGGCCAGACUGGCUUGAUAGAGACGAUGCACAUGGUGUGGGAAAUGAUGCAGAAGAUCAAGUCGAUGUUAAUGGUGAAGAUGAUGGUGGCGACGAUGAUCUGGCCGAUAAUGAUGACGAAAAUGCGCCAGUUGAUGUGCCAAUGGACAAUGCUGCUCCUGCUGUUGCAGAUCCUGUAGAAGACGAGGGUGAACAGGCACUAGAUGUAGGAGGACAACGUAAUGCUGAUAACGUUGCAAACAAUGGUGUGCAAAUGCCUGCUGAAGCUGUCCCCGCUAACGCUGCUGAGAAUGAAGAUGAACCUAAUUGGAAUCCAAUGGAUUGGGAUCGUGCUGCUGAGGAAUUGACUUGGGAGCGAUUACUUGGUUUGGACGGAUCGUUACUAUUUUUAGAACAUGUAUUUUGGAUUAUAUCGCUGAACACUAUGUUCAUUUUUACAUUUGCAUUCUGCCCAUAUUGUAUUGGGAAUUUUAUACUCAGCUCACUUAAAUUAUUGCAACCGGAGAAGCCACUUCUGCACUUUCAUGGACUAUUGACUACACUUUUUGGUUAUUGCUUUAUAGGGAUUACUUUGGUGAUAUUACAAUUCUUCGCACGUGUGCUAUGUUUACGGAGAGUUCGUUGGUUAAUAGGUCUAUGUUACAUUGUGGUGAAAGUAUCCUUGCUAGCUGUCGUUGAAAUUGGUGUUCUACCUUUAGUGUGUGGUUGGUGGUUAGAUAUUUGCUCAUUGCCAUUAUUUGAUGCAAGUAUUAGAGACCGUAAAGCCAGUUUUAAAGCUGCUCCUGGUACGUCCCUCUUCGUACAUUGGAUGUUUGGCAUGGUUUAUAUAUAUUAUUUCGCCGCAUUCAUAUCUCUGCUGCGGGAGGUACUACGACCUGGAGUACUGUGGUUUUUGCGUAAUUUAAAUGAUCCUGAUUUUAGCCCAAUACAGGAAAUGAUUCAUUUGCCAAUUGUGCGGCAUAUAAGACGACUUAUUGCUUCAGCUAUGAUUUUUGGAUCGGCUGUUUUGCUCAUGCUUUGGCUACCUAUACGCAUAUUAAAAACAGUAUGGCAUGCAUUUCUUCCAUAUAUUUUAUCUGGGGACUCUGAAGUAAAUGAACUGAGCUUGCAGUUAUUAUUAUUACAGAUAAUACUGCCUGGAUUUUUCGAACAAUCACACACCCGUGUCUGGCUAAAAGCGUUAUUGCGUAUAUGGUGCGUCUGUGUAUCUUGGAUACUAGGUAUACGUAGUUAUUUGUUGGGCGCCGAUCAAGUACCUGCUGAAACUGAAAAGCCACAUAAUCCUCCUCAACAACAAAAUAAUGAACCGCAAGCAGCUGCCGAGGCUGUGCAACAAGAAAAUCUACAAGAAAAUGGACAACCAAAUGCAGAUCCACCGAGAGUACGGGUACCACCAGUUAUUCCGCCACAAAUUGAAAGAAAUUUAGCUGCCGCACAUCAAGCUAUUAUGCAACGUGAUGUACCAAUUGGAUUUCAACCAUAUGACAGGCCCACUUUCUUUGUAAUAAGAUUGUUUGGAUUAUUAUUUGCCAUGUGUGUUUCUCUGGUAAUAGCUUCUGUUAUCACGCUAACAGUACCAGUAUGGAUUGGUAGACAAGUGAUGGCGCUUUGGUCUGUCGGUGGAUACUUUGCAACACAUGUGCCACCAAACCCAGAAGUUUCUCCGCGACCGCAUGAACUCUAUACUGCUGCUGUAGGCACGUAUCUCUGUUGGAUUACAUCACGAGGUGUAGCAAUAGCUGUCAAUCUGUUACCACAAGGUCGUGCUGCAGUUAUUAAUAAGGUCAAACAUUGGUUGCUUGUAGGUUCGAUGUAUGCGUUGCCCGUAUUUAUAUUUGUACUGAUGUUGGGUGUAAUACCGCUUCUCUUUGGCCUGCUACUUGAAUUAAUUGUCGUUGUACCAUUACGAGUACCAUUGUCACAAACACCCAUUCAUUUUUUGUGGCAAGAUUGGGCGUUGGGUGUACUUUACACAAAAAUAGCUGUAGCUCUUACCUUAAUGGGCCCAGAUUGGCAGCUUAAACGUGCAAUUGAACGAGCUUAUCGUGAUGGUUUACGAGACAUUAACUUAAAAUUCCUUAUACGAGAGCUAGCCACGCCGGUUAUAACAUGCUUCGGUCUUAUGCUAGCGGUGCCAUAUGUAAUAGCAGAAUCGAUUGUACCAUUAUUUUGCAUGAAUGCUAUGACACAAUGGGAAAUAUCUCGACUUAUAUAUCCAUUUUGCUUCGUUUUUAUUGGACUGCUCGCCUAUAUUAUAUUCGAAAUUAAACAAUUCAAAAAACUUUACCUUGCCAUCAAAGUCGAUAAAUAUUUAGUUGGACAACGUUUGGUAAAUUAUGAACAUCGAAAACGAAAGCUGGAGGAAGCAGCAGCUGCAGCUGCGGAAAUUGCUGCAGAGGCUGAAGCUGCCGCUGCUGCUAGUAAUGCUGCGAAUUCUACUAAUGGUGCUGUAGACGUGGAAAACGUUAAGGAAGACGCACCUUUGAUUAAUGCACACAGAGAAGAAAAUAAUGAUCAUAUAAAUCGAAGAAGAAGAGAUGCUAGAAUAGAAGCUUUAGUACAAGAUUUGAGACAUGAUGAAUUAUUAUAAUAAAGCUGCAAUCUCGAACAAAUGAAAAACUUUUAUUUAUAUAAAUUUUUAAUUGAUUAAUACCCUAGAACUGUGCUACCUUCAAGCUUAUUUAAACAAUUGUAUUUUAUGGAAGUGGUUUGUUUAGUUAAUUGAAUUUGUAAUGCAAAUGCUUAGGGCAGCGAAUGGCUAAUAAUUAAUUGUCAUUAAGUUGUAGAUAAAAUGUUAUUAGUUUAUUUUAAUUAUUGUUUUAAGAAAUUUGUGUUAUGUAGUUAUAUUUAAGUAAACUCAACUGAAAUUUAUAAGAGAAAUUCGAAUUAAUUUUCUAUUGAAUAAUAU